GCCAGCCUGAUGGAAAAGAAGGAGAAAGGUAGGCCCACAGAGGCUGCUGUGCCUGCGCCCAUCCCCUUGGAGACUUGUUUGCUAGUUUCUGAUAUUUUCCUCCAUUGUUCUUUUUCUUGCAAGUAUAUACACUUAUUCCCUCCUUUUAUUUAAACAGUAAAGAAUAUUCUGUACCUUCUGUUCUCCACUUAAAAUAAAUGUGAGAGAACAUGACAAAAAGAACAGAGAUGAGAUCGCAGGUAGAAAACACGAAAAGGCUUCCAGGAUGUAGAUAAUAACUCCAAGGUAGAGAAUGAUGUCUUAGUCUGCUCAGGCUGUGAGAAUAGACACCGUAGACCAGAUGGCGUAAACCACAGAAAUUAACUUUCUCCUGUGUGCCCUGCAGAUCCCAGAGGGAAGCCAGUACCUAGAACUCUGCAUUUCUUUUAGGAUUGCAUUUGACUUCAUUGUGUCACUAUGCAUAUGAUAGUUUGUGUCACUAAAGCAGAGGUGCUUUAACCUGAGGAAAUAUGUAGAUGUCUUCUUUUCCCAGUGGAAAAUGUUUUUUUGGAAAUAAAAAUCUCAUUGUAGUUGUAUGUAAAAUUGCAGCAUCUGUUAUCCUCAGGAAGCAGAGGGAAAAGAGAUGGACGCUGCCAGUACGCAAAGCAUCCGUCCUCCCUCCCAGUGGGCCGGUCGUGGGUGCUCCAGCUGCAGCCCUGUGAAGCUUGCACGUGCUCCUUUGCAUGCUUGCGCUCCGUACACUUGCCGGUGACCACCACAUGCCAGCCUGCUCUGGCGUCUGGGGAUCCAGGGGUGGAAAAAGCCCUCAGACAAACAUCCCUGCCCGCCCAGAGUGCACAGCUAUGAGCUAGCUUGGAAGGGCUUAAGAGGAAGAUGUGGACAGGGAAAUGGACACGAGAUGUUGCAUGUUUCUCAAGUUUUAUAUGAAGCAGCAGCACUGUUCGUAAUAUUCUGUACCCCAACAUGGAGCCCCUUCCGACUCAUCUGCGUGAACGGCUGGGGAAGGAGUAAAGUGGUGGGUUCACAAGGACGCUUAGAAGAGAAGCGCCCAUGGCCUGGGGGGUAAAUGGCCUCAGAGGCAGGCAGGGAGAGCCGGACUGUGGGCUGGGGCCCAGGGGGCGAUGCCACAGUGAUCCGCGCAGAGGGCCCACAGGCACAGUGGCUCUGGCAGGUGCUCGGGGCUGUGCCCUGUCCUUCCUGCAAGGAGAGCCAGUCCCUUCUAUUCCCCUCACAGAUCUGGGCUAUCCAACCAUCUCAGAGAACUUAGACCACAUGUUCCUACUGCUUCCAGGCCACUGCCUGGGAAUGGCUUUCUCCAACUUGUACUACAACUAUGAACUACGCAAGUUCUGCUAUACCAAGAACCUGAACCAGACUGAGUGUGAUCAAAUUUCAGAGGGAUAUACAGCUCAGAAGAACAUCCAUGCCUGGACAUCUCUAGGGACGGGGAAGUACCUCGCAACCCUUGCCAUCUCAGGAUCUGUGUACCUCAUCCUGCGUUGGCUCACGGAAACCAGUGUCUGGUGGGAACUGAAAGCCAGGUGUCCUGGCUUCUACAGGAAGCAAAAACUGGGCUCGGGAAAGCAGGUGUCCUUGCAGAGCACAGUGUCAGCGCCCUGUGACCAAGAUGUAGAAGAGGAGGCGAAAAUGAUCGAGACUUGCUUGGAAAUCCUGUGUGAGAAAAACCCACUGGUUGUUAAAGAAGGAGUUUACCUACUCUAUCUAAAAGGUGAAGAAAAGCUUGGAAAAUCACUUGAAUUUGGACAGCAUGUUUAUCCCAUUUUAGCAGAGGGAUAUACAGCUCAGAAGAACAUCCAUGCCUGGACAUCUCUAGGGACGGGGAAGUACCUCGCAACCCUUGCCAUCUCAGGAUCUGUGUACCUCAUCCUGCGUUGGCUCACGGAAACCAGUGUCUGGUGGGAACUGAAAGCCAGGUGUCCUGGCUUCUACAGGAAGCAAAAACUGGGCUCGGGAAAGCAGGUGUCCUUGCAGAGCACAGUGUCAGCGCCCUGUGACCAAGAUGUAGAAGAGGAGGCGAAAAUGAUCGAGACUUGCUUGGAAAUCCUGUGUGAGAAAAACCCACUGGUUGUUAAAGAAGGGUCAGAGGCACGGCAGUAGGCCGGCUACUGUCCCCAGUUUGAUGUCCUGCUCAACCACAUGACUGGCCGGGAGAUGCUGGUCAUGUACGCCUGCAUCCACGGCAUCCCUGAGCGCCACAUCAGUGCCUGCAUGGACCAGAUUCUGGAUGACUUACUCAUGUACACGUAUGCUGACAAGCUGGUGAAGACCUACAGGUGAGACUUGGGGCUCCCUUGGGCCCUCCACCUCCAGUAACAAGACGUGCUCCAGCUUGCACU